AACCUGACAUUUACCUCCUAAGGCAGGUGGCCCGUUCUUUUUUAUGUGGCCGCAGUAUUUUAUGCAUUUUAAGCCUGAUGUCGAACAACUUCGGACUAUAUUUUGGCAACUCGACGGCGAGCAUUGCUCAGUUUCGCGAGGAUGGAAAGGUGGAAAUACUUGCCAACGAGGCCGGCGAACGGGUCACAGCUGCCGUUGUCAUCCUCAACAGCAAAGAGCAGGUCGUGGGAUCAGUGGCGGGUGCUACAUCGUACUCAUUGGCCCCGUUAACGGUGCGCAACAACAAGAUGCUACUCGACUCGACUCUGACUGCUGAGGAGAUCUCAUCAUGCCGGGCGAACAGCCAGGUCAAGAUCGAAGGUGACAUAUUCGAUGAUUUGACGUACAACAUAUUCGAAACUGACAAAAAACCUCUCGUGUACACACCAGAGCAAGUCGCUACACUUAUAUUUCAAAAACUCUAUGGAAUUGGACUUGGUGCCACACCAGGGCAGAAGAGCCUUAAUUGCGUUCUGUGCGUUCCGCGGCACUGGAACAAUGAGAGUCGGGACAUCGUGCGCCGCGCUGCCACCACUGCCGGCUGGGUUGUCAGGCAGAUAAUAAACGAGCCCACUGCUGCGUUGCUUGCUUACAAGAUCGGUUUUGAAAAACCUCCCGUCGAUUCGCUGGUUGUUGUGUAUCGCCUCGGUGGCGUAAGCUGCGAUGCUACCGUCUUGAAAGUCAUGUGCGGCUUUCAGGCGAUAUUAAGCCACGUACGGCAUUGCGACGUUGGAGGGAAAGAUAUCGUCAAAUCUUUAACCGAUCACCUGGCUGAAGAAUUCAAAAGAAAAUUUCAUCUUGAACCGUCCGAGAGCAGAAAGUCGAUAUGGAAGUUGAAGAUUGCCGCAUCUGGGAUCCUCCACACGCUUUCAACCCUCCCGUCCUGUUCGAGGUUCAUCGAGUCUGUGUGCGACGGUAUCGACUUCAACGUUACUGUCUCGAGGGCUAGGCUCGACGCUUUGAUAACCCCUCUCGUCCCGAAAUUCACUGCCCCCAUAUCCGAGGCACUGAGGGAUGCCGGGGUCGACAGCUCCGACGUGUCGAAGGUUGUGCUGUGCGGCGGCGCGCUCAAGAUACCAAAGCUGAAGUCCGUCGUCGCGUCUUUCUUUUCAUGCGAAUCCUGUUCGUCGUUCAACCCGGACGAGGUGUACGCGACGGGCGCUGCCCAGCAAGCCGGCCUCCUGACUGGACUGCCUAACAAAGCUGAUCUGUCGUCGCCAACAGUACAAAUACCAUUCCUUAACGAACCCAUCACUUUAAAGGUAAACGAAAAAGAAGUGAGAAUCGAGAAGAACUAUCUGCCGACUUCAGAUUACUUCACGAUGGAACUUGACAGCUCAUCGGUGACGAUGAAAGCGGUUCAAAACCGACAAGACGAACAGCUGCAAGGCGAGGCGAGCAUGGAGUUUGAAAACAGACCGAAAGAAGUGGAAUUCCACGUCAAAGUGUUAUUAAACGAUGAAAUCCACGUGAGCGCUGUUGACACGGUGACAAAAGACAUCUACAAAGCUUCACUGAAGCUGACGAGAUGACAAUUUGCAAUAUAGAGCUUCCUUUUUUUACCUUUAUUUAUAAUUAAACCUUUUUUUGUUUUGUUUUUUUA